AAAUCAGCUUGUUUUAUGAACUGAGUGGGUGGGUGCGCUCCAGUCACGAGCAAAGGAAAGGGAAAUCAUUGUAAAUCUCAUUCAGUACCUUGUGCAUCCUUUUGACAAAAGAGGAAAAGGCUUUUUUCUUUCCCUUUUUUUAAAAAAAAAAAGUUUUUUCCAUGUCCUUUCUUUCUCUGAGCACUUCGGGUUUUCCGACACAGAAGCAGUCCUCUUCUUACACGCAUUAGACUGACCGAGGUUCACCUGAGCGCACCACGCCUCCCUCCUCUCACUAUUACGGAUUUGUAAUUUGUCAUCCAUUAAAAUCACUUCCAAACACUUUCUAGCUGCAUUAACAACAACAACAAAAUCCUACCAAGCUUUGCAAUUCUGGACCGGAGAUCUGGAGAUGAAGACAGAUUUCACGCUUUUCUGCCGGACUUGGAUUGGAAUAGCAUACGCCUCAGGUCUGGUGAUUGGUUUAUCUAUGACUCCGCCCACGAUUGACAGCUCCAAAGGCGAUCGUGUAAUUUCUGUCAACGAAACACUUUCUCUUACAUGCAGGGGACAGCGCACUCUGGCCUGGACUUGGCCGGACGAAACGCUGAUUGGGCAGGAGCUCACAGAUCGCCAGCAACAAUUUCAGACCACCGGGUCACUCAGUCAGAGGACGAUCUUCAUCAGCGAAUGUCCCGGGCAGAAUGGGCAGCAGUACUGCAAGAGGCUGGUCCUGCACGGCACGCAGGGCAAAGACACUGGCUACUACCGCUGCCAUUACAAGGACAUUAAAGAGGUCAUUGAUGGCACCACUGCUGUCAGGAUUUACGCUUUUGUUAGAGACCCUGCGCAGCCCUUCCUCAUGAGAGGCGGAUCCGGCAGCGAACUGGAGACCAUUUACGUCACUCGCUCCGCCACGCACGUCAUAGUGCCAUGUCUGGUCACAAUUCCUGAUCUGAACGUCACCCUGCAGUCGUAUCCUCCAGGUCUGGAAACCAGGGGAAUGAAGUGGGACAACAAGYUAGGCUGGUCCAUUCCCAGAUACUUCAUUGACAGCACACCACUGAUCAUUGUAACAUGCACMGCCGCACUGGAAGGCAAACUCUACUCUUCUGACAACUACUACAUUCAUACUACUGGAAGUAAGAUUUACGAAGUCAAGCUGUUUCCUGAGGAACCGGUAGAGUUGAUGGUGGGGGAGGCUCUCACCCUGAACUGCACGGCGACAGUGGAGUUCGACACCGGGGUGGACAUCCAGUGGUCUUAUCCCGGUAAACAGACAAACAGCUGGGCRGAGACCAAGCCCCAGCGAGAAGCUCUGUCUCAUGCCACAGAGGCGGUUCAGGUCCUGACCAUCCACUACGUCAACGUCACAGACACCGGACCGUACGUCUGCACUGUUACUAGCAUGGAAAGAACAGAAAUUCUCCAGACUCAAGUCAUUGUUCAUGAAGGGCCAUUUAUCAACCUGGACUAUACAGACGGGCCUGUGGUGGAGGUAACCGCUGGCCAGAAGUCCUUUAAAUUGCAACUAAACGUGUCUGCCUUUCCCACACCUGAAACGCAAUGGUACAAAGAUGGCAUGCUGAUAAACCAACGGGCGGAGUUCAAGAAGAAAAGGAUAAGAAUGCACUCUAACCACGCUUUGGAGAUUAAAGAUGUUUGUCAGGAGGAUUCUGGUCUGUACACGGCGGUGCUGAAAAACAGUGUCGCUUUGCUAGAGAAGAGGCUAAACAUCACUCUUGUUGUCAACGUUCCCCCAGAGAUUUAUGAGAAAAAAGCAGCUGCUCCAUCCAGUCCUUAUCGCAUUGGCAGCAGCCAGACUCUGAAAUGUACUGCCUACGGACUCCCUGCACCCAACAUCAGCUGGCAGUGGAGAGCCUGGGGGCCCUGUGUCGUCAACAGCACUGAAAAAAGCCCAGUGCAGCGAGACAGGAAGAGCGGGAGCGACAGGACGGCAGACUGUCAGAACUGGCAGGACAUUUACUCAGAAAAUACCGUGAAUGAUGUUGAACCUGCUGAAACAUCUAUUGAAGUGGUGGAUAAUCAAGAGAAGAUCGUGAGCAGGAUUCAGAUACGCAACGCCAGCGUCUCCGCCAUCUAUAAGUGCUCUGCUGAAAACAAAGUGGGCAAAGAUGAGUUCCCCAUCUACUUUUAUGUGACCACCAUUCCUGAAGGUUUCAGCGUGGAUGUUCGUCCUUCUGAGAAUCCCCUGGAGCAGGACAAAGUGUCUCUGUCCUGCAGCGCCGACAACUACACCUACGACCAGCUGCAGUGGUUCCGCCUUAACCCCCAGGCUCUGCAGGACCAGCAAGGCAAGCCCCAAGGGCUGGACUGUGGCAGCGUGCACCACUACGCCGAGUCCCUGCCAGCCGAGCCGUCCUUCCAGCCGCACUCCAACAGCUGGGUCCUGGACUUCACCAUGGAGUCCGUGCGGCUGCAGGACGAGGGACACUACGUGUGCAAAGCUCAGGGAAGACGCGGCGAGGAAAAACAGUGCCUGUUUCGAUACAUCUCCGUCAAAGCCCUGGAGGCGCCUCGGUACAAGCGCAGCCUCAGCAACCUGACGGUGAACGUAACCGGGUCUCUGCGGAUGGAGUGCGACGUGGAGGGCAGACCACUGCCCCGCCUGUCCUGGUUCAAAGACAACCAGCCCCUCCACCAAAUGUCAGGGAUCCAGCUGCAUGACUCGAACCGCACGCUGAGUAUCCAGCGGGUCACAGAGGAGGAUGCUGGACUUUACACCUGCACCGCCUGCAACCAGCGAGGCUGCGUCCACUCCUCAGCCGCCGUGAGGGUCAUCGGUUCAAGCGACAAGGCCAACGUGGAGAUAGUCAUCCUGAUCGGGACAGGAGUCAUCGCUGUGUUCUUCUGGGCUUUGCUCAUCCUCAUCUUCUGCAAUGUGAAACGGGUUAACCCAGCAGACAUAAAGACAGGCUAUCUGUCAAUCAUAAUGGACCCUGGGGAGGUGCCGCUGGACGAGCAGUCGGAGUACCUGCCCUACGACUCGUCGCAGUGGGAGAUCUCCAAAGACAGACUCCGACUGGGAAAGGUUUUGGGCCACGGCGCCUUUGGAAAAGUGAUGGAGGCGUCGAUCUACGGCAUCAGCAAGAGCAACAGCUUAAACACGGUGGCCGUCAAGAUGCUAAAAGACGGAGCCACGGCCAGUGAGCACAAGGCUUUGAUGUCGGAGCUAAAGAUCCUGAUUCACAUCGGUAACCAUCUGAACGUGGUUAACCUGUUAGGAGCCUGCACCAAACCCAAUGGUCCGCUGAUGGUGAUAGUGGAGUACUGCAAAUAUGGGAAUCUCUCCAACUUCCUACGAGCCAAGAGGGAGUUCUUCCUUCCCUACAGGGACCGCUCACCAAAAACCCAGAGCCAGAUGAGGAGGAUGAUCGAAGCCGGUCAGACGGAUCAAAGAGCUCGGCGGACUCCUCCGGUUUCCUCCUCGCCGCUCGGCAGCCCUCGGGUUACAUCAUCCAACGCGUCCAAUCAGAACCAGGCGGCGGAGAAAAUGGAGGACCUGUGGAAAACCCCGCUGACCAUAGAGGACUUGAUAUGCUACAGCUUCCAGGUGGCCCGUGGGAUGGAGUUCCUGGCCUCCAGAAAGUGCAUCCACAGGGAUCUGGCGGCCCGCAACAUUCUCCUGUCAGAGAACAACGUGGUGAAGAUCUGCGACUUCGGCUUGGCCAGAGACAUUUACAAAGACCCCGAUUACGUCAGGAAAGGCAACGCUCGCCUGCCUCUGAAGUGGAUGGCCCCGGAGAGCAUCUUCGACAAAGUGUACACCAGCCAGAGCGACGUGUGGUCCUUUGGAGUCCUCCUCUGGGAAAUCUUUUCACUCGGUGCUUCUCCGUACCCGGGGGUGCAGAUUGAUGAAGACUUCUGCAAACGGUUGAAGGAUGGCGUCAGAAUGAGAGCACCGGAGACAGCCUCUCCUGAAAUAUACGGCAUCAUGCUGGCCUGCUGGCAGGGCGAGCCCAAAGAGAGGCCGACGUUCCCUGCUCUGGUUCAGAUCCUGGGAGACCUGCUGCAGGACAACAGUCUACCUGACGGGAAGGAUUACGUCCCCCUGAACCACUCGCAGAACUCGGAAGAUGACGGUUUCUCGCAGACUUCAUCUCGUCCUGCGUCAGAGGAGGAACUGAGAAUGGCCUGCAACACUCUGCCCACAAGGUAUUAUAACUGCGUUCCCUUCGCCGGCUGUGUGUCUAAAACAUGCCAGCCCAGAGUCAAGACAUUUGACGAUAUGCCACUGGGGAUGAAUUCACAGAAACCUCCACAGGACAACCAGACCGACAGCGGGAUGGUUCUGGCCUCCGAGGAAUUUGAGAGAAUCGAGCACAGCCACAGGGGAGCCGUGUUGAAAAGUCGGAUGAGCAGCACCAGCAGCACGGAGCCGCUGACGGCCUCCCACUGCUCCCUGGGUCCGAACAGCGGCAGCUCCGGACUCCGUCCCAACUUCUUCAGCAAGCUGACGGGACAGACCUUCUACAACAACGAGUACGGUCACCUGUCUGAGGAGGGCUUCUGUGACUUCUACUCGUCUCCAGGGACCGCUUCCUUAGCCUCAUCAAAUGUGUAAUAUCAUACCACAGAAGAAGACCUUUGAGCAGGUAACAUCUCGCCAACAUCGAAACGAGCAAAGACCUCCUGAGCAGAUCCGGCUUUUCACUCCUCAGCAAAUGGACUUAUAGAUAUGUGCCUGAAGUUCCUUUAACCAGCCACUGGGUGGCAGUAUUAUGACAAAAAUGAUGAAUCAUUUUCUAUACAUUUAUAUUUUUAUGUUUUAUAUGUAGUUUCCUCCCUUUUUUUUUUAUUUUUUUUUUUUACAUGUUAUGACUCACUUAGUCAGAAAUAAAGACAAUUUAUCCCUUCUUGUCUCAUUAAUGUGACUUUUAAAGUUGGAUCAUCUCAUUGUGUUUGGUGUGAGGUUUUUUAUUUCCAGGCAUUCAUGCGGACCCCGUGCAGUGGAUCAGUGGAUGAAACGUGUAAUUAUGCUCUUUGUGUCAUUCGACGGAGGUGGGCCACAUUUGGAUGGACGCCACCAGUAAGAGGCGAAGUGACGGAGGUAAACGGAGGGAUGUAGGGCGACUGAAGGAGUGAGUCACACAGAGCACCUCUUAUCAGAGGUGGACGUAAGCGUGAUGAUGGCGGUGAGAGCUUAAAGCCGCCUCACAGCGUCGCGUCACCCAGCGACGGGCUGCAGGGUGUUGGCUCGGCCUGCCAGCCGAGGGGAAAAUGAGUGCCGUGUGCGUUCAAAGUCCACCUCGGGUCAUUUUUACACGCUUAUGGAAGAAAAUAUACUAAAAGGUUCCAUCUACAGCAUCUAUGAGUAAUUGUUAAACUCUCUGUAAAAUCAAGCCAGUGUUUUUUUUUUUUUUUUUUUUACUCUACAGCAAUCUUCUCAGUGUGUACAGGAGGUAUAUAUCUCGAUAAGUUAAAAGUACCAUCCAAAAGUUAAUUCAUCUCAGUAAUUCAAAUAAAAAGGAUGAUUUUGUACUGAAUCAUAACACGGUAGUUUCGAUUAGAGCAAAAAGACUUUUUUUUAAAUUCAGAACGUUACAUAAGAGCAGUAAAACAGGUUGGCCUUCUGUGUCAGCGUGGCAGAAAGGUUGCUUUAAUAGAGGGCCUCCAUUCUGUUCGCGUUCCUGGUUCUUUUGUCUCCGCUAAACUUUAGGUGUUUUUCCUUUUCCCCGGUAACGUGCUACUGAAUUCGCCUCUGGUUCAGGAAAGAAAAUUCAGGCUCCUUUCUGCCUUCUCCUGCAUCUAGAGAUACACAUCUGUCAGAAAGAACUAAUCAGAACCAGGAGGAGGGUUUUAGCGGCGUCAAUAAUCCUCAUGCAUGCGUUGCUCGCACCCUUUCCCCUCGCUCUCUGCUACACUGCAGCUGGUUCACCACCAUGGAGUUUGCUAAUGAAUGCUAGCCGUAGUUAGCGUGGCCUCUGAUGACCGUGGAUAAGCAGUUUUUCUGUAGCAGUAAGUUGUUCCUCCACUGUUGCCGCAUUUAGCAGCGCAAACAAGAGCCUGACUGACGGCGCAGAGAUGCUCGUUCUGGCUCAGAUUAGCUGUAGAUCAGAAGCGGUGUAUUCUUACAGACAGCAAUUGUAGCAAUGGGAGGAGGUGGAUGAGUUACGUCUUUUCACAGAUCAUGAGUUAGAAUAAGUAUGUAAAAAAAAAAAAAAAAAAAAAGAUGUAAGAGUUAUACUGCUGCUUUAGAUAGAUUUUUUUUCUGGCUACAUCUGAACGGCUGGCUUCUUUAGCCAAGACUUUCUUUUGUAUUCUUCUUCUGUAUCUUACUGUCAUGAACAGUGACUGAACUGGAACCAUUUUAAACUGUCCAGCUUUAAACAGUCCAAUUAUUUUGAUCAGAACAUUGAAUUUCAGAAAUAAAUUAAAAAUUWGAAAUUCAAUGUUCACUUCUUGUGUUGAUUCACUUACUUAUUGAACUGAAUAACUGUUUAAUGAUAUUGUAAUGUAUUGAGUUGCGCCUGUUCAUUCAGACUUUUCAGUUAUGGUUCGUUGCUAAGAAGAUAAACGAAAGAGAAACGGAAUCCAGAGUUAAACCCUGUGGUCCCUUUACUUGGGCAAACAGACACCAUGACAGUCAUUUGAGAUGAAAAAGAAAAGAAGAAUGGCUGUGAAAGUAGAAGAGCAGGCUCUGCUGGUCUUAUCAUGGCGCUAGAUCAGAGAUGAGUAACAAUUAUACAACAGAAUACAAAAAAACAAACACAUUUUUAACAAUAACUCUCAAUGUAUGAUUUACAAUCAUUUAAAUCAUCCAGAAAAACUACAAACUACUGUUUAAGCAUGACUGCUGUUGAAAUAAUUGGUAUAAAGCAAUCCCCUUCGCCCCCCCCCCCCA